CCUUCUCAAAUGCCAUCCAGUAAAGUCAAGAUGGGAAAAUCCGGAAUACCCGGCAUGCGCCCGUUCCCAAGGGACAAACCGAAACCGAUUGAAGAAAUGAACGUGGCUGAAUUGCGUAAACUGUACCGUGACAACGAACAAGUCCUCCAGACUCUAAUAGCAUCUUCCUCAUCCUAUGUUGCCAAGAUUGAAGAGAACCAACAAAAAAUACACCAACGAUUAGUCGAGCUAGAGGGAAUGGGUGAAAUUCAACAUAGAAUGCGGCGCGCGACUAUUAGCGAAGACGCGAUCAUGGCGGUUGAUUCAGAACCAGAAGACAAAGAACUAGAUACUAAGGGUGUAAAACAGAAAGCUUUGGCUAAUUGGGGCAAGUUAAGUAGCUCAGACCUUCGAGGUCCUCCUAAGGUAGCCACGCUGAGCCACGAAGAAGCCAUGGAACUGGAACGACAACACAAUGCCUUUGAACGGGAACGACGAGAACGUGAAGAAGCACGUCGGGAAAAGAUGACCUUGCCUACACGAGAAACAAGUCAAGGAAGGACCCUUACAAGCGAUGAAUACGCAGCGAAGGUCUGGGCGUUCAUGAAUUACAAGCCGACAGAUUCGGAUCUCGAAGGUGAAGAUGAGGACGAUGAGGACGAUGAUGAUCCAGCCUCAUGGUUUCAUGAUGAGGAAGAUGACGGAAUAAAGGGCCAGGAUAUUAUAUACCCCGAUGCAGAGGAUCUUUCAGACAUUAUUCGCAUGGAUGAAAGCAAGAUCCAGUACAGCUCGUUCUACGAGCCGCGUGAUCCGGACGAUUAG